AUGGGGCACGACAAUUUUGUGGCGAGUGUUGGCUGGCUGCAGCGUUUCAAGGAGCGCCACGACAUCGUCGGCAGCGCUGUCAGCGGGGAAGCGCAGUCUGUCGACCGCGAAGCUGCAGUGGCAUGGGUGGAGACAAACGUUGGACAGCUGCUAGAAAAAUACAGUGCCAAGGAUUUGUUCAACGCGGAUGAGACCGCCCUCUUCUACCAGAUGCUGCCGCAAAAAACCUUGGCCCUCAAAGGUGAACGCUGCCAGGGCGGUGAGCAGAGCAGGGUCCACGUGACCGUGUUGCUUUGUGCCAACAUGGAUGGGUCAGAAAAGAUGCCGGCCCUCGUGUGGGACGAGCGGCUGGGCAAGCAAAACCGGAAGAUAUGCCUCCUACAGGACAACUGUGUGGCCCACCACACUGCCGCUGUGCUCAAGAACAUCGAGCUAUGCUUCUUGCCGCCAAACUGCACUGCAGUUGUGCAACCCCUCGACCAAGGAGUUAUAAUGAACUUCGAGUCGGGCUUCCACAAGCGUGUGAUCGACCGGAUUCUGCUCAGUAUGACCAUGAAGCGCGAGUCCAUGAUCGACUUGUACAUGGCAAUCGAGAUGCUACAGGCUGCUUGGAUGGCUGUACCGGCAAGCACGAUCGCCGAUUGCUCUUGGCAUGCCUCAUUUGGCGUCAGCAGCGGCCGUUAG